AUGAACCACCACCACCACUACCACUACCACGGCGGGACUGCGGCCACAUGACAUUCCUCCCUUACGUCCCCCGCACGUUGGUCGGCACUCUAAUCCCCAAGUACCUAGUAAUAAUUAGCCGUACAAUUUCUGCUCAAGCCGCAGUUAGCAAUGCUAACUUCAAUCCCAUCCCACGACCGCCAAACCAGCCCACUGAAGAUUAUGCAAAAACCAUAGCAACCCAAAUCUCAAAGUGCACUAAUUUGAAACAGCUUAACCAAAUCCACGCUCACAUCACGCGCACCCACUUUUUAGCAUUGUACCCAGUUUCAUUUCAUUAUAACAAUCUAAUGAGAUCGUAUGCCAAUCUAAAUUCACCCGUAAAGGCUCACCAUUUGUUUGUUGAAAUGUCCCGAGCUGGUAUUACAGUAGACACAUUUACACUACCAAUUGUACUAAAAUCCGUGUCCCAAUAUUUUUAUUCAUCGAUGUUAAGACAGGUUCACGGGAUGGCAAUUAAGUUGGGGCUAGAGAAAAAUAUGUAUUGUGAGAGUGGGUUGAUAAGUUUGUAUUGUAAGGCGGGUGAGUUUCGAAACGCCCAUAAAUUGUUUGAUGAAAAUACCGACAGGAAGUUGGGUUCCUGGAAUGCUUUGAUUGCUGGCUUGUCACAAAGUGGGCGUGGGAAGGAAGCGAUAAGGAUGUUUAUGCAAUUGAAAGAAUGUGGGUUUCAGCCUGAUGAUGUUACGAUGGUUAGUGUAACUUCUGCUUGUGGAGGUUUAGGGGAUGUGAAUUUAGCACUUCAGUUGCAUAAAUGUGUGUUUCAAGCAAAAAGUUUGGAAAAGUUGGAUUUGUUGAUGAUGAAUUCACUUAUUGAUAUGCAUGGAAAGUGUGGUAGAAUGGAUUUGGCUAACAAGGUGUUUAUGAAGAUGGAAGAAAGAAAUGUGUCAUCCUGGACAUCUAUGAUUGUCGGCUAUGCAAUGCAUGGGCACGUCAGGGAUGCACUAGAGUGCUUCCAUGAUAUGAGAAAUGCUGGAGUGAAGCCUAACCAUGUAACAUUUGUUGGAGUGUUGAGUGCAUGUGUUCACGGUGGGAGGGUGCAGGAGGGAAAACAUUAUUUCAAGAUGAUGAAGAAUGAGUAUGGGAUUGCUCCCAUGUUGCAACAUUAUGGAUGCAUGGUGGAUUUGCUAGGCCGGGGAGGUUUACUUGAUGAAGCUAGGGUCAUGGUGGAAGAGAUGCAAAUGAAACCUAAUGUGGUCAUUUGGGGUUGUUUGAUGGGUGCCUCUGAGAAAUAUGGAGCUGUUGAGAUGGGAGAGUGGGUAGCUAAGCACUUGCUUGAGUUGGAACCUUGGAAUGAUGGGGUAUACGUGGUUUUAUCCAAUAUCUAUGCUAGUAAUGAUCUGUGGGAAGAGGUAGAAAGAAUAAGAGGGAUUAUGAAGGAGAGAAAACUGGCUAAGAUUCCAGCUUAUAGCUUAUCCACUAGCACUGGUUGAAAUCCACUAGAUUAGCAUGCAUUGGUUUUCUUUUAAUUUAUCCUUUUAUCAGAUGCAGUUUUAAUUGGACUAUUUGUGAUUAACUGA